AUGCCGUGUCUUGGAGACUAUGAAAGCAGCAGCGAAGAUGAAGUUAACGACAAGCCUUCGACUCUUCAUGAGGCUCAUAGUGGCCAACAAAGUCUACCAGAAAAGAACCCAAAUUCGGAACCUCGGGGUCCUAUUCUUGGACCGUCUCAUGAAGACACCCAAUCUACAAUAAGCACCUCACUCAAUGGACAAACUUCACCAUUCCCACCACCUCGUGCAUUAAUACAUGACUUAACACUCCCCCCGGUACCGAACCUUGAGAUACCACCGUCUCCGCCGGGGACUCCUCCUUCCGCGGCCAAUGCGAAGUUUUCGCACUUCCUGUCCUUGAAAAGUCGUGGCACCCAUUUCAACGAAAAGCUAGCCGCGUCAACUUCGCUAAGAAAUCCAAGUCUGCUCAAGAAACUUAUGGAGCAUGCAGGAAUCGACGAUCAAGCGCAGUACUCUACCUCCCUUCCACCCGACUUAUGGUGUAUAUCUGAUCUCCCAGGGUGGGGCUUCAAAGAAGAACUCCUGAAGGCCCAGAAAAAAGCUCAGGAUGCAACAGAAAGGAAGCAAGCUGCUGGUCAGAAGGGAACGGUUGAUUUUGUGGCUGCAACAGCGACUGAAAUGAACCAUUUCCCGGAACUCUGGGGUCGGCCCAGAGAUGAUGUCUAUGGUCCAUACAACUCGUCUUACCUCAAGAGCACCGGCCCUAAAACCCAUACCCAGUCCCCUGCUGUGACCGGAACCUCCGUGGUAGCGGUCAAGUUCAACGGCGGCGUUGCGAUUGCCGCUGACAACUUAGCUUCAUAUGGAUCCUUGUCUCGUUUCACCGAUGUCAAACGUCUACGCAUGUUUGGUGAAUCUGCCGUGGUUGGAUUCAGCGGUGAUGUGUCCGAUAUGCAGUAUAUCGACCGUCUCCUAGAAUCCAUCGACAUCAGAGAGAACUACUCCACUCAUGGCAAUUCACUCAACGCGAAGAACCUUCACACCUAUCUCUCGAAGGUGUUUUAUAAACGCCGAUCCGAUUUCAACCCACUGUGGAACCACAUCCUAGUCGCCGGAUUCGAUGGAGACAAGAAGCCUUUCCUUAGCUCCGCGGACCUUUUGGGGACUACAUACUCAGCCCCACACCUUGCAACUGGAUUUGGCGCCCAUCUCGCCGUACCGAUUCUUCGCCGGUUGUUCCCAGAAGAGAAGCCUAUCGAAGAGAUUAGCAAGGAAGAUGCGGUUUCCGCCUUGAGAGAAUGCCUCAAGGUUUUGUGGUAUCGCGAUGCCCGGAGUCUUGACAAGUACUCACUAGCGAUCAUUACUGAAGAUGGGGUAGAGCUGAAUGAAGACCAGAAGCUUGAGGAGCAGAGCUGGGCGUUUGCUGAAUCCAUCAAGGGAUACGGAGCUCAGGUGGUCUAG